AUGGCGUGCCGGCCGGGGAAGCCGCCGGCGAUCGCCCUCUCGCGCCCCGGCGUGCUCCGCGUCGCGCGCGGCGCCCUCGCGCGCGCGGGUUGGUACUUUUGGGGCGUACCCGCGGCGUGGUCUCUCGAGGCGCACGAAAGGGAUUUCGCGCGUUGGGGAUCGGAGGUGCUGGACGAGUCGCCCGUCACCGCGCGUGAUCUCGUCGAGACGAUGGACGAUGACGUCUUCGGCGCGCGCUUCGACGCGUUGUACGAUGCCCUGCAGGCGGCGGGCGCGGCGCGCAUGAAACACGCGAAGAGAGGGGCAUCGUUCGGCGACCAUCUGGUCGAGGUUGCGCGUUGGCUGAGAAUCUUCCGCGGUGAGGAGUGCUCACUGGUCCUCGCGGGGCUCGGGCAUACGUGCUACGGCAGCGAGCUGUUCCCGGCGCCGCUCGCGUCGCUCACCGAUCGCGUGGACGUGCGCCGAACCCUGGGAGCCGACACCGAGCGCCUGAUGUUCCUCUACGCGACCACAAGCCAGGCGCGAUGGUACCGCGAGGUGCUUCGAUGCAACCGACGCGGGCUGCAACACUUCGGCGAGGACCGCGAAACGCGGCCGAACGCCGGACGGUAUCGUCACGAAGCGAGCUGGCCGAUCGCCGUCAACUUUUACACCGGGGAGACGUGCCGACUGCACGGGGCCGAGUGCGCGGCUCUGACGUUGAUGCACGCGGCGGACAUUUACAGCGUCCUGGCGCGUCCCGUCAAAUCAAAUCCAAACGUGCACGGGGGCGGGAGGUACGACGGGCGGAGACAGUCGGAGGCCAGGGCUCUGGUGCUGUUCAUGGUGCAGGAGGCUGAGGAGAUGGUGCGCGCGCUCGCGGAGUCGCCCGAGAUGUCGCACAGGGCCAACACGCGCCACCACCUCAUGUGCAGGGAGCUGUCGGAGCGCCUGGGUCGAUGGCGAGCCGACGAGGUGAACGGGUGGCGGAGAGAUUUCGGGUUCGACGACGGCGACUGGCGCCACCUGCGGAACGCGCUGGAGAGGCUGCGGGCGCGAAAGCUGGACGCGUCGUUCGUCGGGCACGCCACCGGUGCGCUGCGAUGA